UUCUCCCCAUCACAGACUUGAGUCCUUCACUCCUCUCUUUCAACAGCUUGCCAAGACCUUGCAGUUCUUACCAUGGCUUCAAACACUUCCCUCUUCUCCUUGUCCAUCCUCAUUGCAUUCUUGUUCCUCAGCAACGGCCAAGCGGCUCGCCAUCUAUUGGAAACUCCAGAGGUGGAGUCCCCACCGAUUCCGACCAUCCCAACCCUCCCUAAGCCCGAACUCCCACCGCAGCCCGUCGUUCCAACUCUACCCAAGCCUGAGCUGCCACCGGUGCCGGAGGUGCCCACCAUGCCGAAGGUUGAGCUGCCGCCGAUGCCGGAAAUCCCAAAGGUGGAACUGCCUCCUAAGCCUUCCAUCCCAAGCAUCCCAAAGGUUGAACUGCCUCCCAUUCCAAAGGUUGAAUUGCCUCCUAUCCCCACCAUCCCUGAAUUCCCUUCCAUUCCCAGCACUGUGCAAUCUCCACCUCAUGCAUGAUGGAUAUAUACUUAACAUGGCCUCAUCAUUAUCAGCAUAUUUCUCUGUGAUAUCUAGAAUGAAGUCAUGGCAAUAUAUGGCUAUAGAUCAUUAGCUCUGGUUUUCAUUGGAGUUGGUGGCUGGGACUUGGGAGUUUUCUAUAUUGUUCCUAUGUUUCCUUUUAUCUCCUCGUAUAGGAUCAUAUAUAUCUGCUUGUUAUUUGUGGCUGUUUUGUGGGCGUAUGGAUGGUUUGUAUCUGCUUUCAUGCAGACAUGCGUCCAGAGUAUCUUAUAUACUAAUAAAAUUUCUUUUUGUUUGCUCUUUAAA